AGCGAUUGAGGCGAAGUUUAUUAGAUAAAAGAGCAACAAAAUUUUCUCGACAGUUGGUGGCGAGCGCGAGGGCAUCGCCAACUGUUCCUCAGCAGCCCCCUAUGUAUGCUUCAUAUGAAACAUUUGCGUUCAAGAGUCCCAAAAAGAACUCCCACAAGACUGACAGCGAAUAUGAUAACGGGAGAUGCAGUGAAGACAUGGAGAGCCGCCGCUUAUCCCUCCUUUCAGUGUAUUCCCCAAUGUUGUACACCGCCACCGUCUCGCCAAGGUCACCAAAGAAAACGGAAUUUUUAAAUAGUGACUCUGUGGUCCACGAAACAAAUAUACUCCCAGGCCUUUGCAAUACUUGUCGGACGGGCACGAAUAGCGAUUCAGUUGAGGAGCGCCCUAGUUCUCCCACAAUGGAGAGCUCUUCGCAUCUUGGAAACGGUGGCGCUGGUGCUAGCGUGCAGCACUACUUGGGCUUCACAUUUGACUCAAGAGCCGGCAACGCGUUUCUUCUGGGGAAUGCAUCCAACGGCGGUAGCAACGACAAGUGGUGUUUUUGA